UCUUUUCGUGCGUCGUUGACUCCACUGACAGCUCCUCCGGAAGUCCCUAAGAGCUCCUGUCGCUUUAUCUGUGAACAAAAGGUUUUUCUGGCUUUGUUUUUUCUUCUGUCAGUAAGAAAAAAAAGUAGCCCUAGCCGGUGUCAGAUGACAGGAGGAAUGGAGGAAUUUCAUAACGGAAGCGAGGGCUCAUUCAAUGCAGAAGAAGCUGACACCAUAGUCAAAGAAUGCAUUGAGAACGUCGUGGGCGGCGGAGACUACAGCCAGAGUCAGGUGAACAAGUGGACGGCGAACAUCGUGGAGCGCUGCCUCACGCAGCUCGUCAAACAGGGCAAGCCGUACAAGUACAUCGUGACGUGUGCUGUGAUGCAGAAAACAGGUGCCGGCCUCCACACAGCCAACUCCUGCUACUGGGACACUGCCAUGGACGGGAGCUGCACGGUGAGGUGGGAAAACCGCACCAUGUACUGUGUGGUCAGCGUGUUCGCCGUGGCCACCGCAUAGAAAAACGCACACACAUUAAUGAAUCCACGAGGAGUGCAGUGUGCUCUUGUGACCAGCAGGAGGACACCAAGUGCCACAGAGCCUUCACCCGUACAGCUGUCUGUGCCUCCUGUCAGCUCCCUUAGACCAGUGAGCUCUGAGCAGCAGCUGCAGUGGCUCAAACAGCUGUAUGGCUUCAGUUUCCAGCCUUCAGGUGCAUGAAACGCCUUCAUCGUAAUGUAUUUACUCCCUUCGCGCCACCGGCGUGCUUUCAUAGCUUGAUGUUUGUUCAGCUGCAUUUAUCCCAGACGCCUGACAGCUUGCUGUAAAACGACACGUUCAGUCAGGUCCUUCAGUGUUUUGUCUGUUUGUGAAUCAUGUAGAUGAGAGAGAGAAAAGACACUUUUUGUACUCGAGCUGCAGGAUAAUAAACACGAAGACAUUUAAGAACGAGCAGCAGAUUCCCCUCGUCUUUCUUUACACUAAUAAAAGCGUAAUUCUGUUUUAUUUUUUCUGCUUAUUUAUGAUCCCAUUGAUUUUAUCCUGCUUUAUUUUACAUUUUUAUAUGAUUUUAGCUACUUUUUGUUUUUUUUUCUUUUCUUCGAAUAAAGAUUUGUUUAUAUAAUGUGUUUAUUUGUAGCAUUUAUCAUUUUAGGCUUCUUUUAGUUAAACAGAACAGUUAUGAGAUGCUUUAGCAACAGUGUUUUAAGAAUCUUCUUUCAUUUAAAUAAAGUAAACCUAACUGAUUAUACAAA